UAAUUUUUUUGUUCAUUAAAACUGAGAAGCAUCACAUUUUGACUCUGGCAGGGGUGGCACCAGCAGUGCUACCCCAACCAGGUUGUUGGUGUAUACUGUCAUCAAUACAACGUAAAAAUCUUGAAAGCUAUUUGAUGAGGGUGUGAUCUGUCAGGCUUUUGUCAUUGGGAUGAUUAUACUUUAUACGGUGUGUGUGUGUUAUCUGAUAUAUUGUAUUUUAUCUGAUAUCAGUUCCCGGUGUGGAUGAAUGAGUCAGCGACAGGGACUGGUAGUAACGCCACACCAGCUGACGACUGUCAGAGGUGAAUGUGUGUGUGUGUGUGUGUUUCACAGUAUGUAACCUGAGUUGAUUAUGGUUUGUGUGGUGCUCUGUCACCGAGGUAAUGAAUCACUCGGAAUGAGACUCUCACUGCUACUGUGAGGCAGCGCACUGUAAUGGCAUCUGAUGAGGGGGUUUGAUGUUGUCACGAAGCACAGCUCUUGUAUAAACCCCUUCUGAACUUUGUUAUGUAAAAAGUUAGCAGGAUACAACCACUGCAUAAAGUGCUCUGACUUUUCACUCCAAAUGACAGAUGUGAGAUUCCUGAUCAAAUAUAUUUAACCCACAGCCUGAAAGAUCCUUUGUUUAUUAAAAACAGCUGCUCCAUUGUUAUUGUAUCCACAUUAGUGAGAUAUCACUUGCUGCUUCUUGUACAUCAAGACCAACAGGUUAUUAAUAUCCCCCUCCAAAGGCAAAACCUGUUGUGUGUCUGUCUAUGUGUAUAAUGUCUCCAUGACACUUUCCCUUGUUGUGAUCACAGCUGAAGUGGAAAGUGUUGGGCUGGGUGAUUACAGAGGAGACCGGGCAUACAAUUUGAAAAACUGGGGAUUUUCCACCCAAUUACUCUCAACCUCUCCCCAGAGUGGCGUCCAGCUCUCAGGGAGUGAGACAUGGAGCGCUUGGUGUCAUAUGUCAUUGCACACUGAUUGCAGAGUGAAAACAUGGAUCAGAAAUAGCAACAGAAUGUCUAUAAAAGUAGUAGACAGACCCGAGCCCAGACAGAGACAACACAAAGGGAGAGACACACAGUACAAGCCAGGAUAUACAGCCAGCUGAGAUAUCAUUGUUUCCUCUGACCAACAUCCACAACUCAGACACAGGACCAGACCUUGGGACUGAUCAACAGGUAGCUUCCCACAGCAGAGAAGAUGCCGAUUUGUACCGUCGUGGAGAAGUGUAAUGGUAUGGUGGUGGGAGCUGAGUUGAGCUGCAGUGUACGGGAGGAGAACAAGGCUCAGAGGGAGAGCUACAAUGCUGACUGGCACAGCAUACAUAUCAAAACCCAACCUCAGGAAAGGCAGGCUAUGAACAUGAACGACAGCUCUCGCAGGGAGACUCUGUCCCGGGUGUGGCAGGCCCGUCCACUGAUACAGAGCUGCCCCUCUGGCGUCUUCAGAGUAGGCACCAUGGAAAGAGGGGUAAGAGAGCACCAGCUGAUGCCAAAGAGAAUCACCCUCCCCUUGCCCAUCUUCACACCUGCAGAGCUGGGUAUCAGACUCGGACGCGGGGCCCCACAUACUGAGGAGGACCUGAAGUCCUUUCCAGAUGGGGCCUGUCCCAGCAAGAGGCAUGUGGACGAGAUCACCAGAGACCUUCCCCCAGUCAAGCCGACCCUCAUGGAGUUCGCCAAAGCACCCAAUGUCUUGGGUCGUUCCAUGUCCCAGGAGGCCCAGAGAGGGUGAAAAGCAAAAGGACAAAAAGAGGAAGAGGGGAUGUUAAGGAGAGAUGGGAAGGAUGAGAG